GUCCACUCACCAUCUUCUUAAACACCUGCGAUGUUGGUGAAGUUUAGUCACUAGUUUGUUUGGUGUAGUAAACCAGAUCUUUAUCAUAACUCAAGAUGGGUGAACUAGAUCAGCUGCGUCAGGAAACAGAACAGCUGAAAAGUCAAAUUAGAGAGGCACGGAGAGUUGCAGCUGAUACUACAUUACAACAGGCAACGGUUAAUGUGGAGUAUAUCAGUCGUACUCAGUUGCGCAGCAGACGGACAUUACGUGGACACUUGGCAAAAAUUUAUGCUAUGCAUUGGUGCUCAGAUUCCCGAAACUUAGUUUCAGCUUCUCAGGACGGCAAGUUAAUAGUGUGGGAUGGAUAUACUACCAACAAAGUUCAUGCCAUUCCUUUGAGGAGCAGUUGGGUCAUGACAUGCGCCUACUCUCCAUCCGGAAAUUAUGUAGCUUGUGGUGGUUUAGACAAUAUAUGCUCAAUUUAUAGCCUCAAGACUAGAGAAGGUAACGUUCGAGUUAGUCGAGAACUCCCUGGUCAUACUGGUUAUUUAUCAUGUUGUCGUUUCGUGAAUGAUAGUCAGAUAGUUACAACUUCAGGUGAUGGUACUUGCGCUCUUUGGGAUAUCGAGACAGGUCAACAAAUCGCCUCAUUUACAGGGCACACGGGCGAUGUAAUGAGCUUAAGUUUAGCACCUAAUCUCCAAACAUUUAUUUCGGGUGCAUGUGAUGCUUCUGCAAAGCUGUGGGAUUUAAGAGAUGGCCAAUGUAAGCAAACGUUUCCUGGCCAUGAAUCUGAUAUCAAUGCUAUUAUCUAUUUUCCGAACGGUAUGUCAUUCGCAACAGGUAGCGAUGAUGCUACUUGUCGCCUAUUUGAUAUACGUUCUGAUCAAGAAGUUGGAAUGUAUAGCCAUGAUAAUAUUAUAUGUGGUAUCACAAGUGUAGCUUUUAGCAAAAGUGGUCGACUUCUACUCGGUGGAUACGAUGAUUUUAACUGCAAUAUUUGGGACACAUUGAAACAGGAACGUUGUGGCGUCCUAGCGGGUCAUGAUAACCGCGUUUCCUGUCUCGGUGUUUCUGAAGAUGGAAUGGCAGUAUGUACGGGGUCGUGGGAUAGCUUUCUAAGAAUAUGGAAUUAAAUAACAUUUCGACGAAACAAUACUGGCACAACUGUUUCAAUAUAAAUACAACCAAUUGUCCACAAUUUCAACACAGUAUAAGUUCUUAUUUAUUUUCUUUGCAUAAACUUUCUUUCGCCUGUUAUUAAUGGUUUUGGGUGUAUUUUCCUGAAAUUAUCUACCUACAGCUUUAUUUUCAAUAUAUUUCCUCGAAAAAUAGGUUAACUUCAUUAAAAGAAUUAUUUAAACUGAACGUUGUUCUAAAACUUCCUUCCUGUUAUAACUAGUAUGAACUUAAAGCAUUUCUUUGCUCCUACUUAUGACUCAUUACCUAUUUUAAUUGUAUGAUUCAUUCGUUUGUUCGUUGAGACUACUGUUUGUUGUUGUUGAUAUUAUUAUUUUCUCCUACACUCCGAGUUAUUGCGCCAAAUACACGCUUUUGUUGCGCAUAUUAUUUUUUAUUUUGCAAAUGACGGAUGCUUUUUUAUGGUCCUGCUCCCUCCUUGUAAAGCUGACUUAUGCCUAUUUUUCUGGUUUGUUUAUUUAAUUUGGCUUUUUGUAUAUUUAUGAAACUAGUCAUUUCUUAUUCCCCGUUUAUACAUAUGCAUAAAAUGUCCUUUGGAUUAUAAUAUGCCUUCAUGUUUCAAUGUUUCUUUUUAUUUUAAUCAGUUUAUCUUAGGAAUACAAUUGGAAUUUCUUUGAGUGUUAUUUUCCAAAAUUAUUUGUAAUUAAAUAAUUACUUGGUGUGUUUAGAUAACACUUGUUGCUUUUCAUAAAUUGGUAUUUUAAGGUCUUACUUUA